AUGGAAAAGCAAUUGUGGAGACGACAACAUCAGAUGGGUCCGAGAUAUGAAACGGAACGGUUCCGAACUUUGCUCAGUUUUACGAGUAGUAGUGUGGAAUUGAAAUGCUUCCGUUCCAAACCUAUUUAUGGAUGCCACAAGUCAACUAUUUUAGGGACAAAGUUGGUUGCGCAGAGAUGCUGUUCUGUAGCGAGUUGGAGGAGAAGGAACGCAGCGAACACACCAGUCAGUGAAAAAGAGAUCCGUUGGGUUCUACACGCUAACUUGUCAUUUCCGAAAAAGAAAACAAAAAAUCCAUUAUCAGGAGCUUUUACUCUUUUAGGCGUCUCUUGUGUGUUUCUUUUAGGAAGACCGACACAGGCUGCUAUUUGGAAGGGACAAGGUGCUAGGUCCUUGGAACAGCACACUGCCUUUGUAGAAACAAAAAGUGAUACAGCUUUUGACGAAAAGUUUCUAAGAAACGAAAAGAUCACGGAAGUUCCUGCUGCCGAUUAUUUGGAAAGUUGUGUGGAUAGGGACUUCCAGUAUAGUUUUAGUUGGUCGAGAACUUACGAGUUGUACACGCUUUUUGGUUCUUUGGCGUUUGUUGUGGUUUUCAACACUUUUGCAGCUUUCGUAGAUAAUUUUAUUCAGCAACAGGAACGGAAGGAGGUUCAAGAAGAGAUGGAACGAUUUGGUCGCUUUUUAUCUCCCAAAACAGAAUAUAGAGAUGAUGUUAGCUUGGAGAAGGUAGAUAUUAACAUGUGGAAAGCACAACAACGAGAACGUUCUUUCUAUGGUAGGGAAUUUUCCGCACAAGAUAUGUUUGAAGAUAAUAACAACCAUGACGGUGAAGAAGAAGAAGACAAUGAUGGAGAUGAAAAGAACAAAGAUGACGGUGACGUUGACUACAAAGGCUUGGAAAAGCUGUUGAAGAAAUAGUCUUGUUGAAAGUAUGCACAGAUUUGAGUAGAAAUCGUAUGGACGUUUUGUUGGUUUUUUGUUUCGAUAAAUACGAAAAAAUUUGUGCUG